AGCCCAUGGAACAUUUCUGGAAAGACGCUCUUGAUCCAGCAGGGUGGCCGGCCGGCUGCUGAGCCCUCCGCUGUGCGGGGAGACGGUAUGCGCCUUGCCCGCGGCCCCUGUCCAUGACCAUGACCCUCCACACCAAAGCAUCCGGAAUGGCCCUGCUGCACCAGAUCCAAGGGAACGAGCUGGAGACCCUGAACCUCCCGCAGUUCAAGAUCCCCCUGGAGCGGCCCCUGGGCGAGGUGUACGUGGAGAGCAGCAAGCCCCCGGUGUACGACUACCCCGAGGGCGCCGCGUACGACUUCAACGCCGCGGCCGCCGCCUCCGCGUCCGUCUACGGCCAGUCCGGCCUCGCCUACGGCCCGGGGUCCGAGGCGGCGGCAUUCGGCGCCAACGGCCUGGGGGGCUUCCCGCCGCUCAACAGCGUGUCUCCGAGCCAGCUGAUGCUGCUGCACCCGCCACCGCAGCUCUCUCCCUACUUGCAUCCCCCAGGCCAGCAGGUGCCCUAUUACCUGGAGAAUGAGCCGAGCGGCUACUCGGUGUGCGAGGCCGGCCCCCAGGCGUUCUACAGGCCAAAUGCAGAUAAUCGACGCCAGGGAGGUAGAGAGAGAUUGGCCAGCUCCGGUGACAAGGGGAGCAUGGCCAUGGAAUCUGCUAAGGAGACUCGCUACUGUGCAGUGUGCAAUGACUAUGCCUCAGGGUACCAUUAUGGAGUCUGGUCCUGUGAGGGCUGUAAGGCUUUCUUCAAGAGAAGUAUUCAAGGACAUAAUGACUACAUGUGUCCAGCUACCAACCAGUGCACGAUUGAUAAAAACAGGAGGAAGAGCUGUCAGGCCUGCCGGCUCCGCAAAUGCUACGAAGUAGGAAUGAUGAAAGGUGGGAUACGGAAAGACCGAAGAGGAGGGAGAAUGUUGAAACACAAGCGCCAGAGAGAUGAUGGGGAGGGCAGGAAUGAAGCGGGGCCCUCUGGAGACAGGAGGCCUGCCAACUUUUGGCCAAGCCCUCUGUUGAUUAAACACACGAAGAAGAACAGCCCCGUCUUGUCCCUGACAGCCGAGCAGAUGAUCAGUGCCUUGUUGGAUGCCGAGCCCCCCGUCCUCUAUUCCGAGUACGAUGCCACCAGACCAUUUAACGAGGCUUCCAUGAUGGGUUUGCUAACCAACCUCGCAGACAGGGAGCUGGUUCACAUGAUCAACUGGGCAAAGAGAGUGCCAGGCUUUGUGGAUUUGUCCCUCCAUGAUCAGGUCCACCUUCUGGAAUGUGCCUGGCUAGAGAUCCUGAUGAUUGGUCUUGUCUGGCGCUCCAUGGAGCACCCAGGAAAGCUCCUAUUUGCUCCUAACUUGCUCCUGGACAGGAACCAGGGGAAAUGUGUAGAGGGCAUGGUGGAGAUCUUUGACAUGUUGUUGGCUACGUCAUCUCGGCUCCGUAUGAUGAAUCUCCAGGGAGAAGAGUUUGUGUGCCUCAAAUCCAUCAUUUUGCUUAAUUCUGGAGUGUACACAUUUCUGUCCAGCACCCUGAAGUCUCUGGAAGAGAAGGACCAUAUCCACCGUGUCUUGGACAAGAUGACAGACACCUUGAUCCAUCUGAUGGCCAAAGCGGGCCUGACUCUGCAGCAGCAGCACCGGCGCCUGGCCCAACUCCUCCUCAUCCUUUCUCACAUCAGGCACAUGAGUAACAAAGGCAUGGAGCAUCUCUACAGCAUGAAGUGCAAGAACGUGGUGCCCCUCUACGAUCUGCUGCUGGAGAUGCUGGAUGCCCACCGCCUGCAUGCCCCAGCCAACCACGGGGGCGCACCCAUGGAAGAGACAAACCAAAGCCAGCUGGCCACGACUGGCUCAACUUCACCGCAUUCCAUGCAAACAUAUUACAUCCCUGGGGAGGCAGAGGGUUUCCCCAACACAAUAUGAGAGCUCCCUGGCUCCCCAAAGGUUCUGAGAAUCCCUGCCACAUUUUACCCACGUCAUGCAUCACUCUAGCAGAAUUCUGCUCUUGCACACACUCCAGCAUGCAUCCACCACUAUGGCUUUCUAAUAUGAGUGGCCAUUCAUUUGCUUGCUCAGUUCUUAGUGGCACGCCUUCUUUUGGGAACAGCCAGAGGGAUUCCAGGGCUAAAUUCUUUGCAACAGCUUUCUUUCUCUCUUUGCUAUAUUACUAAGCAUGAGGAUUCCUAUAGCUUUUCAUGACUGAACUCAGUCUGUGAGCUGGGGCUCAGAGGACUCUGUGCAUUUAAGCUACCAGCUGAGACCCAGACCUGUAGAGUGGGCAUUUUGCCUCUGUGAAGCACUUUUUAAUGAAUCUAAGAAUAAGCCACAGGAAAGAAUUGAAAGUGGCUCCUUCAGUUGCUGACUUGGAGAAAGCUAGGUCAAAGGUUCAUUAUAGCAUCCUCUUGUAUUCCUAUAGAAAUAUAUCAUUUUAUUAAAGUAAUACGUUAAAGCUUUUGCUCUAUUGCAUGGCUGUAACAGAAUAUCCAGCAAUUGUCUAUUCAUUUCCCCUAUAGGAAUACAAGAUGCACAAAGGGAAGGAAGAUUCCCUAAUUGUCAAGAGUUUGUCAACUUAAUACACUGAACCUUUAUAUUUGCUGAAUGUUCUUCCGUUGGCUUUUGUGAGCACUAAGUACGGGUCAUGGGUUCCAGUUAAUUCUUGCUUCCCAUGAACCUAUGAAAACAGCUGUUGACCCCAGUUAUGUCACCUCCACAUAGACCAGUGUCCCUGUGAGGGAUAAAUUCUUGUUUUUUGUUUUUAUUUUAUAAAAGAAAGCCCCCAGGACUUGGCAGUGAAUCAGCUUUUGGACCGGUUCUGGUGUGGUCUCACACUUGUCAGCAGAGGGCGCUCUACUUGAAUCUUCCUAGCCUGUAACUUACACAGGAGGUGGAGAGCCAUGUGCAGUGCCCAGCCUAGGACCAAGGGUAGUUUAAAUGAGCGGGCACCCUGGUGACACUUUUAGGGCUAAAUGGCAAAUGUGCAUGACUAUUGUAGGUACUAGAGAACAAGGAGGAAAGCAGGGUAGAAACUGGACAAAACUGUGAGGCUCAGGGUGGCCCUGCCACAGGCUGCGUCUACCAGGGAGGGCUCCUGGCAGACCCCCUAUUGCACUGCGGGGCUGCCCUGGGAUGCACGGAGCAGUUCUCCUCUUCAUUUCCUGGCAUGGCCCUGAUUGGAAGCCGCAGCAGACAGCUGCAGCCCAGCGCACUGUGGGGCCAGGGAAGAGGGAGAGCUUAAGAGCAUUCCCUAUCAGGCUGCCUGGGUCAUGCCCUUGGUUGUUUCAAGCUCAUCUAAAAAUCAGGGUUUGGCCUUGGGAAAAAAAAUAACAACUUCCCCCAGAGCUCAUUUCUCUAAACUUUAUAAGCCAGGCUAGCCAGACUAGCUUUAGGCCACAGGAAUCCUUUGACCUAUAGGCUAAAAAGGAAGGCCUCACUCCAGUCCCAGGGCAGCCUUCCCUGGGCCAAAGAAAGUUUGCUUUCCUCUGGUGACCUCAUUAUCUAUAAUUUGAACCCAACUGAGAGGUGAUGUGUUAGCCAACAACCCAGCCAAGCUGCUAGGGCUUCUCUUGGGAUGUCAGUUUCAAAAAGUAGAUCUCAUUCAUUUCUGAUUGCCCAGUAAGUGGUCACCAAAGGACUGGGAACCUGGGAGGGCAAAAAAAAAAAAAAAAAAAAAAAGGUUUUUUCAUAUAUGUGCAUCUGAAUUUGGGGACAAUUUUAUGUAGCUGCAUUAAGAAUGUGUUUAGAACAUAAUUCUUUUGUUGUUUUUGUUUAAGAAGCACCUUAUAUAGUAUAUAUUUUUUUGAAAUUGCAAUGCUUGUUUAUUAGACAACUGAAUGUAGUAAUUCUGUUCUGGAUUUGAUUUGACUGGGUUAACAUGCAAAACCAACGAAAAAUAUUUAGAUUUUUUUGUAUGCAGUUGUUGAUGCCUAAGGCCUGGUGAUUAUUCAUUUAAAUGAAGAUCACAUUUCAUAUCAACUUUUAUAUCCACAGUAGACAAAAUAGCACUAAUCCAGUUGCCUAUUGUUGGAUAUUGAAUGAUAGACAAUCAUAUGUAGCAGAGAUUAUGCCUGAAAAGGAAAAUUAUUCAGGGCAGCUAACUUUGCUUAACCAAAAUAUCAGUAGUAAUAUUUUUGGACAGUAGCUAAUGGGUCAGUGGGUUCUUUUUAAUGUUUAUACUUAGAUUUUCUUUUAAAAAAAUAAAAAGAAACAAAAAAAAAUUCUAGGACUAUAGAUGAUAUAAUACCAGCUAAAUCCAAACAAUAAUACAGUGGAGGGUUUUACAUUAUUCCUCUAAUGUGUUUGUAUUCAUGUUAAGAUACUACUACAUUUGAAAUGGGCAGGGAAGACCAGAUGGUUGGAAUGUUAGCCCAGCAGUUUCAAAUAAUUUUAGAAAUCUCUUUUUAUUCUUAUUUGAAGUGCCACUAAUGGACAGCUGACACUUUGCAGCUGAGGUUGUUGCCGUUGGGUGUAGGGAACAUGCUGUAUCUUUUCCCCCACUCAGAGGCAAAUUUAGAAUUUGAAAGACAUGAUCUACCUGGGGGGUGGGGUGGCAUGGGGAAGUGGGUUUAGGAAUUUGGAGAGUGGGAAGUAUAAUAAUAAGAGUCUUGAAAGUAUUCUGAGGCAGAUCAAUACUGGUGUCUAAGGGUAUGCCCCAGGGCUCGGAAUUCCACUUCUGCCCUGUAAACCACAAAUAAUUAGCUCUAUCUGAUAGCCAUCUCCAAAAUGGCAGCUUGAGUUCUAGGGAAGAACAUGUGGGAUCUGAAGUACAGUCCAAAGAAUAGCUAGUGGUCUGUGUUUCUUUUAGCCAUUGCCUAGUUCUAGGCUUGCUGUCGUGAUUCUGUAAUGCUGCCAUGUGACAAUCGGAGAGGCUAGUUCAUCCAAAGAGAGGACCCCACGUAGGCUGCAAAGUCCAGCCCCUAAGAAAGUGCAGUUUUUUAUUAGAUUUCCCUAUUAAACUUGCAAGGAUGCAACCAUGACAUAACCCGUGUCUCUUGGGGGCUGAACAAAUAAGGGACUUACUGAUAAUUUACUUUCCAUCGUAUUAAGGUGUCUCACAUUACAAUCUCACACAUUGAAAUGGCCAUUGAUUUAGGCCAUUGGUUUAGAGUACCCUAUAUGAAACCAAUUCCAAACCCCUUCCCACUCAUACUUUUCAACUCUGAGAUGGACUGUGGAUUUUGGGAAUGGUCACUGGGACCGUAGUAAUGUCUAUCUACCAUUCGCAGGUAAAUCUGCUUCAGGAAACCAGUUACUGAGAAGGCAAAUAGAGUCAUACAGUAGCUUAUGAGGCCGCCAUGAUUCUGUUUGGUACAAGUCAUGGGAAGAUGAUCCAGAUUACACUGCACACUUCCUAGGUGAACUCUCUGAAAACUUACUCUCAACUGGAGCAAAUGAAUUUAACUGUGGUCCCAAAUAGCCACCUUUUCAUUAGUGUGAUUACUCUGUUUCUAACUGUAUUUCCUUUCCAUUUAGAGUAAAGUGAAUGUGGCCUCUUUCGAAGUCAUUUAAAAUUGUUUUCUAAGUAAUUGCUGCCUCUAUUAUGGCACUUCAAUUUUGCACUGUCUUUUAGAGAUUCAAGAAAAAUUUUUAUUCUUUUUUUUUUUGCAUCCAAAUGUGCCUGAACUUUUUAAAUAUGUAAAUGCUGCCAUGUGCCAAACCCAUCUUCAGUGUGUUUGUACAGAGCAGUGCACCCUGGAAAUAACAUACAGACCCAUAAGCAGGUGCCUGAGAAAUGGACCCCUUUGCAUUCAGAGAGGUCAUUGGUCAUAGAGACUUGAAUUAAUAAAUGACAUUAUGCCAGUUUAUGCUUUCUCACAGCUUAUAAACAAUGCUUUUGGUGCACAACAUACUCUUUAGUGUAGAGCUCUUGUUUUUAUGGGAAAAGGCUCAAAUGCCAGAUUGUGUUUGAUGGAUUAAUAUGCCCUUUUGCUGAUGCAUACUAUUAUUGAUGUGAUUCUAUUUUGUCGCAGCUUUGCUUUGUUUAAUGAAACACACUUGUAAACCUCUUUUGCACAUUUAAAAAGUAAAGAAUCCAGUGGGAUGCUCAAGCACCUUGAACACUUUUCUCAACCAAUUUGA